ACAAACAGUCGACUGUUUUAGUCUACCCACAGUGAGUGUGGUCUAUCGUCUAGUGUAGUCCACACUUCAAAUUCCUAAGCAACAGUCUUCCUAAGACAAAUGUUUUUAUUAUCCGCCACGCACAGCGAAUGCUUUCCUCACUCGGUUUCGAGGAGAAAUGGCGUGUAAUUCAUUUGGAGGCUACGAUGACGAAAGAUUCGUAAAUAAAGUCGACGCUAGGCUGCUUUGUCCGAUCUGUUUCAAGGUGGUCAAAGACCCAGUGCAAUGCCCGAACGAACACCAUUUUUGUCGCUCGUGUAUUCAAAAGUGUUUGAAGGAAACCUCCGAAACCUGUCCAACUUGCCAACACCAUCUCACGGAAGAAACCCUGGUCAAGCCAACGAGAUUUUUUAUGGAAACGUUGGAUAGUCUCAAGAUUCGUUGCGAUUACGCAAGCCGUGGUUGUCGAGAAGUGGUCGAGCUUGAAUUUCUCGAUCGGCAUGUCGAGAGUUGUGGCUAUUCACCAACACGUUGUACAAACACGGGCUGUUCUGAAGUCAUCAACCGAAACGAGCAAGAACGACAUGAGAACGAACUUUGUCGUUUUCGUAUCAGUGUCUGUGACGAGUGUGGAGAAAAUGUAAUUUGGAAAUCUAAACGUGUUCACCCUUGCUUUAUCAGAAAGGAAACGGACGACUUGAUAAACAAUAUGAAUGAAAUUAAGCUGGCUCAAGACGAGUUUAUUCGAAAGUUAAUGGCCGAUGUUGCCCGUCAAAAUGUUGUCAUUGAUGAUCUAAGUCGUAAAAACGAGGAAAUGGGACAUGAAAUGAAUACUAUGAGAAUAAACAUGGAAUAUAUUGCAACCGAAGCAACCGGAAGAUGUGACUGGUUUAAUGGAUUCAAAAAGAUUUAUGUCUGCGGGGGACGUGAUUAUAGCGUUGUCCACAAAUCUGUAGAGUCGUUUAGUUGGCCUGAGAACGCCUGGACAUUGGAACCAGAAAUGAACGUGCCACGAUCAGCUCCUGUGGCAUUUCUUUACCAGGGACGAAUCAAUGUAACUGGCGGUCGGUUUGAACAACCUGCAGCGGAUUCUGUCGGGUAUACGGACAUCAUUGAAUGUUUGAAUGUCGGCGAGGAUGAUACUGAAUGGGUCGAGUCUUUUGUCAAGAUGCCAUUCAAAUGCAACGGUCACGGAAUGGUUUGUCGUGAAAAUACCGCGAUUUUAACUGGUGGCUUCGAUGGGGUAUUGGCUUCGGAUGGAAUUUACGGAAUCAAAUUAACUCCCCCAUACACGACGAAGUUAUUGUCUCAUUUGCCAGAGGAAAGAGGCAGCCAUGGUUGUCAGAUUAUUGACCAUGAGGUUGUGGUGGUUGGUGGAAGCACAACAAAACAGGUAAACACCUGUAAGAAUACUGUAUACUCAUACGAUAUUAACAAUAAUGAGUGCAAAACCUUGCCGCCACUGCCAUUUCCUAUCGCUGAGAUGGCUACUGUUAGUUAUAAAGGUAAUAUAAUUUUGAUCGGAGGUUAUAACGAGAAAGGCGAAACAUUGAACACAGUAUUCAUGUACGAAGUGAAAACAGGAAAGAUUAAUGCGUUGCCUUGUCUUAAUCAUAAAAGAGCGGGAAGUGCAGCAGUUAUCACUGGCAAUAUCAUUGUUGUUAUGGGUGGGUAUGACUUUCAGACUGGAACAUAUCUCAAUUCAGUCGAGUGCUUAGAUUUAAGUACCAAUGAAUGGAGGGAAUUGUCACCAAUGACAAAGAAACGAGGUUUUGCAACUGCAGUUCUUAAACCAAAGACGUGUUUUUAAGGGAACUUGUAAUUAAACUAGUUGUGCUUUUUUAAUAAGCAGUAGAACAUCUGGGUCUGGUUGUAUACGAAGGCCGAAUAGGGCUAUCCACCGGUUAGUGGGUAUUUCAACCAUUGCAUGUAAACAUACUGAAAACAAUUUGUAAAAUAACAUCUUUGGAGCCAUCAUUUAUUUAUUAUCAAAGGAGACUCCUUAUUUCCAAAUGCAUAAGUAUAAUCAAAGUUAUACCAAACAACAGCCAUCUUCAGAGCGGUUGAAAAAACACUUCGGUGGUUGUAUAGCGUUAUACAGCUGAAGAAUUUACUUCAACUUUUGUUAAUAAACCUACAUUU